CAAUGCUCAGUUGGUGUUUAAACCUAGCAGCCUGUCAAACAAAUGGUGGGUGGGACAGAUUUUGACACAUCGACCCAAAUGUGACAAAUGUGUAUCGUGUCUCCACAUUUAGUGACCAACAGAAGAUAGUUCACAUGUAAGAACUAAGGAAGAAGGGGAUAAUACCUCACAGCCACUUGAUAGAUAAACUGAAUUGUGCCUGUCAUGGAACUGCAAAGGUGUGAGACACGUGCUUUCUUGAUGGAGACGCAUGACAUGGACUUGUCUACUGGUAAAGAGAAUGAUCUGGGUUUCACUAUGGUUACAGGCAUUACAAGUGGAAACAAACCGCAGGACCACACAUAUUCAUCUGAAGAAUGCAAGAGCUCUGCUGGCAAACGGACACAAGAUAAUCUUAAUAGCCUUCAGCGUGAUAGUGAAGUUAUUCUCAAUGGCUUUAAUGUCCCAGAAGACAGUCAAAGGAUAAAUACAAGAACACCAAUCUACAAAACAAAGCCUGAACGAGAGAUAGUGAAUGAUUUUGUCGAUGAGGAUGACUUCCUAAGAGCGGCAUUAGAAAACAAAUUGCCGAUGAUCAAGAGUUACCUUGCCAGAGGCGCAGAUCCAAAUGCUUGUGAUAAUUUCAACCGUACGGCUCUACAUAGAGCUUGCUCUCAAGGCAAUGUCGAGAUAGUGAAAACGCUUCUGGAGGCAGGCGCUUCAAUAGAAAAUAUGGACAAGCUUCAAGCAACUGAAGUUCACUGGGCUUGUCGCGGUGGCAGCUUGCCUGUGCUUGAGGUGCUACUUAACCACGGGGCAAAGCUGGAGUCAAGAGACAAGCUUCACAGCACGCCCCUUCACGUGGCGGUGAGAACCGGAAACUACGAGUGUGCCGAACAUCUCAUACACUGUGGCGCAGACAUCAAUGCCAAAGACGUGGAGGGUGACACACCAUUGCAUGACGCAGUCAGGCUGAAUCGCUUUAAAUUCAUACAGCUCCUCCUGUUGCAUGGUGCUGACAUAAAACAUAAGAACUGGGAGGGAAAGACACCUAUGGACAGUGUUUACGAGUGGCAGAAUGGAGCUAAAAACCUCUUUAACAACUUGAAGAAUAGCAAAAAUUGAAACGUUUUCAACAAUUGUAAACUACAUCUAUUGAUG